AUGAGUAUUUUUCAGGACCUACGGAAUCUUCGGGUUUUGUGGAUCGACGAAAAUCCAUGCACUAGAUCUGGAGACUAUCGACAUCGUGUGCUACGAAUUUUACCACAACUUACAAAAUUAGACGAUAAGCCUGUGACACUCGACGAUCAUAUGGAAGCACAACAGGACGACUCAGUUCCCGAAUGCGAUAUGCAUGCGAGUAUGCUAAGUCUUCAAAGUGCACGAAGUUCAAGAGGUCGAGCAAUUGUGGACACGGUAAUGCAACCACAGAUGGUUAGCUACGGUGACGUAUCGGACGAGGAACGAUUACCACCGCCGAUUGACCAGCAAACGUUACGAGGCUCGAGAUUUAGUCUGGCCAAUCAAACAAUCCAUCCGUCAAUGAUGCAGUCCAUCUACGAUCCAUCCACUGCCGAUAGAGACGAGAGUUGGUACGACUUCAGUUUUGAUGAGGAAACUCGUCCCAGUUCAAUGGAUACUAUAACAAGCAGGAUGUGCGUUUCAAUGCAUGAACCGCGACGACCAACCAAUACAAUGUACGGACGUAGUAUUAGUGCUCCAAGACGACGAGUUCAUGAUAUCCGUUUGAACAAGAUCAUGUCGGCGGUGACGGUGUUACUGGACGAGUUAGAUGCCGACGGCUUGCGAGCAGUAAUACAACAAGCGCAAGAUCGUAUGAAGAAAAGAUGGUAA